CUUAGAAAACCGAACAGUAGCUCCAAAUGUGAAUGGUAGCAGUGAGCGUUGCGUUUUUUAGGUCAAACAAAAACAUUAACCUCAGGUGUUUUCACAUUUCUGAUCAUUGGUAGGUGGGAUUUGAACAAUAUAUGAGUCAUCUCGUUCCAACAGAAUCGAAGUAGCUAGCGGUUAUUUCCAUGGCAUUCAAAAAUAUCUCCCACCCGAUCCUCUUCAUCUUCCUCGUUUCUUGUAAUUUUUUGUGUUCUUCUGCACAAACUUGGAUUCGAGCUGGUUACUGGUACACCGGCUGCGACUUUCCUUUACCGGAGGUAAACUCUGCCUUGUUCACACAUCUUAUUUGUGCUUUUGCCAAUGUGAAUUCCUCCACCUACCAGCUCUCCAUCCCUUCAGCUCAUGAACAAAACUUCUCAAGCUUCACCGAUAUUGUCAAGCGCAAAAACCCAUCAAUCACAACGCUCCUAUCCAUAUGGGACGGAAAAGCAGCAGCAAGUCAGCUAAUUUUGGGUCAGAGAGCAAACUUUUCUGUCUUGUCUAAAAUGCUCGAAAUGCCUUCGAAUAGAAAGUCUUUCGUUGAGUCCUCCAUCGAAGUGGCUAGACGUUAUGGCUUCCAAGGUAUAGACUUACACUGGCAUUGGCUUAACACAGCCUCAGAUACGAUCAAUAUGGAAAAGCUACUGGACGAGUGGCGAGCUGCUGUGACUUCUGAGGCAAGACACUCUGAUCUGCCACGAUUAAUAUUGACAAUGGCGGUUAGGUAUAUUCCCACUUUUGAAUCGUUGAUUUAUCCAGUUGAAUCUAUGAAGAGGAAUUUGGAUUGGGCGCAUGUUGUGGCGUAUGACUACCAUCUGCCUUUAAAGGAGAAUGUUACUGGUGCUCAUGCUGCUUUAUAUGAUCCUGCGAGCUAUGUUAACACCGACUAUGGGAUAAAGCAAUGGUUAAACUACUCAUUUCCGGCCAGCAAACUGGUUUUGGGUAUGCCUUACCAUGGCUAUGCUUGGACAGUUGCAAACUCCAAAGACAAUAAUGGAAUCAGAGCACCUGCAUCUGGCUUUGCUGUGACAAAAGAUGGAUCAAUGAGCUAUAAGUUCAUCAAGUGGUACACUCGAAUCUAUGGAGGGGUCAUAGCGUAUAAUGAUACUUAUGUCAUGAAUUACUGCACGGUAGGAUCAACUUGGAUUAAUUUCGAUGAUGUGGAAGCUAUCAGAGCUAAGAUUGCAUAUGUGAAAGCGAAGAAGCUACUCGGUACCAAUGUGUUUCAAGUCAGCAAUGAUGAUGAAACUUGGGCGCUUUCUCGGGCAGCUCAGGAGGAAGGAAAUGAUCACAAAAAGAAACCCCGGUUACUGCUUGUAAUAGUGCUAUCAGUUACUUUGGUCGUAAUUCUCAUAGCUUUCGUGGUGUGUUUCUGGCAGAGAGAACUAUUGAAGACAAGAGGGAUGAUUGUUCUAGGCAGAUCAAGGUCUACUAGUACAUCGGCUGUUGACAGUGAUGCUCCGAAUCUGAAAGUAUACCGCUUUUCCAGUCUCAAAGUGGCUACAAAUAACUUCUCGAGUGAAAACAAACUUGGAGAGGGUGGAUUUGGUCCCGUUUACAAGGGUAAGUUGCGGAGAGGUCCGGAAAUAGCAGUGAAAAGGCUUUCGAAAACGUCUACUCAAGGACUUCAGGAAUUCGAAAAUGAGGUUAAACUUACCGCAAGACUACAACAUGUGAAUCUAGUUCCUGUUCUUGGAUUUUGCACGGAGAAGGAAGAAAAAAUGCUGAUCUACGAGUACAUGCCCAACAAAAGCUUGGACUUCUACCUUUUCGAUCCUACCAGACGGUAUUUCAUGGAUUGGGGAAAGCGUGUGCACAUCAUCGAAGGCGUUACUCAAGGACUCCUAUAUCUUCAAGAAUACUCAAACUUCACAAUCAUUCACCGUGAUCUAAAAGCUAGCAACAUUUUGCUUGAUGAUGAGAUGAAUGCUAAGAUUUCCGAUUUUGGAAUGGCCAAACUUUUCAGAAAAGAUGAACUCGAAGGAAACACAAGGCGGAUUGUUGGCACAUAUGGCUACGUACCUCCUGAAUACGUACGAAAAGGCAUAUACUCUAUGAAGUACGACGUCUACAGCUUCGGAGUUCUACUUUUGCAAAUGAUUAGCGGACGGAAGAGUACAGGUUACUAUGGUCCGAACGAAAGUAUGCACCUCUUGGAAUAUGCAUAUGUAUCAUGGAAAGAGGACAAAGGACUGGAAUUUAUCGAUCCGUCACUUGACGAUUCUUCUUCUUCUUGUAAGUUAUUGAGAUGCUUGCAAGUGGCACUGCUCUGUGUCCAGGAAAAUGCGGACGAUAGGCCUACAAUGCUGGAAGUUUAUUCCAUGCUCAAAUCUGACACUCAAGCCGUUCCAACUCCUACAAAGACGGCUUUCUCAGUAAAAAAUUACGACAAUGUGGACAACAUAUGUACCCCGCAGCCAGGAAAUUGUUCGGUUAAUGAUGCUCAGAUCUCCGAACUGCAACCCCGAUGAGAAUGCAGGCUCGAGUGAAAAUGCAGGCGCGAAUGAGAAGCGUUUAUGAGAAGAAGUGCACACAAGUUUCUCCCCAUUUAGGAUUCUUCACCUCGAGGAUUUAGUACUUUGUUAAAUGACCAAGUAUAUGCCAAUUUGUUAUACUGAAUCUCACGUCGGAAGAGAAAGGACAUUUCCGAUUGGUUUUAUGGUAAAGCCUCAACUCUCCUCGUCUA